AUGGAGAACAUCAAGUGCAUCUAUUAUGUUGCAGUGUUGUUUGUUCACCAUUUCAUGUCUAGCUUAGCUAUGCCUGCCAAAAACUUAACAACCGAUCAAUCUGCUCUUCUUCAAUUCAAAGCACAUAUCACUUCCGAUCCUCGCCGUGUCUUGGCAAAUAAUUGGUCCAUUCCUAAUCCAGUUUGCCGAUGGGUUGGAAUUUCUUGUGAUAGUCGCCAUGGAAGAGUCACAACCUUGAAUCUUUCAUCAAUGGAUCUUGGAGGCAACAUUCCUCCACACCUUGGUAAUCUCUCAUUCCUAGUGAAUCUUGAUCUUGGCGACAAUAAUUUUCAUGGCCAUCUGCCAAAUGAACUGGGACAAUUACGCCGAUUGAGAAGUUUUUCUAUCGGUGAAAUUCCACGGGAGAUUGACAACUUGCAAAGUCUACAGUUUCUAGCUCUCGGUUCCAAUAGUUUAACUGCUGGUCUCCUCCCGUCAAGCAUCUUCAAUAUUUCUUCUUUGGAGUUAAUUUCUCUUCGCAACAGUGGCCUAUUCGGUAGUUUUCCAGCGGAUAUCUGCAAUCAUCUUCCAGCACUUCUGGAACUUGAACUUUCUCGUAAUAUGAUCAGCGGCACUAUUCCAAAGAAUAUCAACAACUGUACUUCUCUAGAAUUUUUAUAUAUGGACGAAAAUCGCCUGACAGGUGAAAUUCCAGACGAGAUUGGGAAUUUGCAGAGUCUACGAGACUUGGCCCUAGGUUCCAAUGGCUUAACUGAAUGGAGCUUUCUCUCUUCUCUGACAAAUUGCAGAGAACUAGAAACUCUUUUGUUAGAUCCUAAUCCAUUGUAUGGUGUCCUUCCACUUUCAAUUGGGAAUAUAUCUGCAAAUCUUCAAACUUUUAGUGCAAGUAAUUGCAAGAUCAAGGGCAGCAUUCCCGAAGAAAUUGACCAACAAAAUUCAAAUGCCAGAGUUCUAGAUUUAUCAAAGAAUCAAUUAGCAGGCAAUAUUCCUGUCACUCUUGGGCACAUUGAAACUCUAGAAACUCUAUCUUUGGCUGACAAUAAAUUUGAAGGGCCUAUCCCUUCCACAUUUGGCACUUUGAUAAGCUUGGUAUCACUGGAUCUCUCGAACAACAGUCUCUCGGGUGAAAUUCCUAAGUCAUUGGAGUCGCUCUCAUAUCUUAAAAACUUUAACGUGUCUCUUAAUAGGUGUCGGUACAGAAGAAAAAAUUCUCCAAUUGAUGAAGUUGAUUUGUUGCCUUUAGCAAAAUGGAGAAGAACAUCAUAUCUAGAAAUUCGACAAGCAACUGAUGAUUUUAGCGAGUGCAACUUGCUUGGUACAGGUAGUUUUGGCUCAGUAUUUAAAGGGAUACUUUUAGAUGGGACUAAUGUUGCGAUAAAGGUCUUUAAUUUGCAAGUAGAGCGAGUACUUAGAAGCUUUGACACCGAAUGUGAAGUGUUGCGCAACAUUCGUCAUCGGAAUCUCAUAAAAAUCCUGAGUAGUUGUAGUAAUAUUGAUUUUAAGGCCCUGAUACUUGAAUUUAUGCCGAAUGGUAGCCUUGAGAAGUGGUUGUAUUCUCACAACUAUUUUCUAGAUAUGCUACAAAGGUUGAAUAUAAUGAUAGAUGUUGCAGCUGCUCUUGAGUACCUCCAUCACGGUUAUUCAACACCUAUCAUCCACUGUGAUUUGAAGCCUAACAAUAUCUUACUGGAUGAAGAUAUGGUUGCACAUGUGAGUGAUUUUGGUAUUGCAAAACUUAUGAAUGAUGGAGACUCUAAGACACGAACCACAACGCUAGCCACUAUUGGGUAUAUGGCACCAGACCAUAAUCCUUUUGAUGCCAAAGCGAAUUGCAUGUUAGGUAUUAUGGAUUUGGCUUUGAAUUGUUCCGUGGAGUCACCUGAACAGAGGAUCAAUAUGAAAGAUGCAUUAGCAAAACUCAAGAAGAUCAAAUUGCAGUUUCAGAAAGCUGUUGGGACACCUAAAUAA